GUGGAUGGCAGCGGGAGCAUCACGCAGCCGCUCCAUGCCGCCCGCGGGCCGGGGCAGCGCGCCCGCUGCUGAUUCACCGCCUCUGCCGGGGAGCGAGCCCGCAGCAUCCGUCCCUCCUGCCCGCUCCAGCCAUCCAUCCAUCCCGCCCGCUCCAUCCAUCCCUCCUGCCCGCAGCAUCACUACUGUCCGCUCCAUCCAUCCCUCCUACGCGCUCCACCCAUCCCUCCUGCCCGCAGCAUCACUACUGCCCGCUCCAUCCAUCCCUCCUACCCGCUCCAUCCGCCCCUACUGCCCGCAGCAUCCAUCCCGCCCGCUGCAUCCAUUCCUCCUGCCCUCUGCAUCCAUCCCGCUCCAUCCCUACUGCCCGCUCCAUCCAUCCCGCCUCUCCUCGCCCAGCCGGUUCCGCGGGAGCUGCGCCUUUCGGCCGGGACCAAGCGGCGCUCCGGGAUCCGGCCGGGCGGACGCACCUGGGGCGGUGGGAUUGAGUAUUCCCCUGAAAAGACCACAAGUUGGAACUCAGACCCUGCCCACCUAGGAUACUGAGAAUUUGCAAGAGACAAGGACCCUUAGUGGCAUAUUGAGCCUGUUUAUCAGCAUAGAGAAAUUUAGAUUGGAAGGGACCCCUGGUGGUCAUCUGGUCCAACCUCCUACUCGAAGCAUGUUCGACUAGAUCAGGUCUGUAUUUGAGGUGCAAGAUGUCUGCCCUGAGGUUGAUCUCUAACAGAACCUCCCAGGGCUUGUCUAACUCUGAUUACACCUGGGACUAUGAGUACUAUGAGUAUGGACCGGUGUCAUUUGAAGGCCUGAAGGCUCAUAAGUAUUCCAUUGUGAUUGGAUUUUGGGUUGGUCUUGCAGUUUUUGUCAUCUUCAUGUUUUUUGUCCUGACUCUGCUGACAAAGACAGGAGCACCACAUCAAGACAAUGCAGAACUUUCUGAAAAAAGAUUUCGCAUGAACAGCUUUGUGGCAGAUUUUGGAAGACCUUUGGAGUCUGAGAAAGUCUUUUCUCACCAAAUGACUGAAGAAUCCCAGUCACUUUUCCAUUUCUGCAUUAAUGAAGUGGACCAUAUGAACAAAGAAAAAGAGAGUCAGAAAGGUCCAAGUCUGGAUAGUAAUACCCACUUCCAAGAGGUUCCCAAAAGCAGUGGAGUGUUUGAGGAAGACCUACAUUGUCUUACAAAAUUUAACAUUCCUAACUUUGUGAACACUGAGCAGAACUCUUCAUUAGGUGAGGAUGAUCUCCUCAUCUCAGAGCCACCAAUCAUUUUAUAAAGCAAGCUGAUUAUGCAAUCUUCCCAUUGGAUCCUUGAUUGAAAAUAUCUUUUAUUUUAAUGUAAACAUUACCGCUAUUGUCCAGUCUGAAGCCCUUCUUGGCCUGCUGCUCUUUUGACAGACGGUAUUUCAGACCUGUGCUUUUUAUUGUAUGUAAGACUGGCUAUAGUGACAGAACUCAGUUUAGACAACAAGAAAGACAUUGAAUGCUUUAUUCUGAUGCCUUCUGAGAUCUGAAACUUCUGCCCGGUAUUUUUUCUGCUCUUUGAUUUUUUUUGUUUGUUUCCUGUACUGUUCUUCAUUUUUAUACAACUACUUAUGGCCAGCUUCUGACGGAUAAUAAUUCACAAGGACUGUGAAGGCUGGAACCUGGCAUUGGGAGGUCUAAGAAAAUUCACUGGCCAAGAAAAGUGUAAAUCUCAAAGAAGACUGAAGAAAAGAAUAAACAGCCCCUGGGGAGGUUCUGUAGUUUCUGCUACUCCCAUUAAGGAUUCCUGAAGCUGAGCAGCACAGUAAAUACCUGCAUGGGACUAACGCAAAUUUCCGAUCCCUAACUGCUUUUUGGUGCAGGUUCAACCCAAUUUACAAAGCUUUCAGAGGGAAUACCUUGCAAAUUAAAUUGUUUGGUUACAGUGUUGACAAAUUGCUAUCACCACCUGCUGCUGAGUAAAAGCAUAUUGGUGCCUGUAAUUAUCCUUCAGAAUGACACCUCAGCAACUGCCCCACGAUGACAUGGAAUUAGUAUUCUGUUCUGAUUUGUCUCUUUCUUUUCUUCUAAUUUUUUUCCCCUGUUAAUUGCUGAUCUGAACUUCCAGUUCAGUAAUUACAGGAUUCAGUAGCUAAAUCACAGGAAAUAAGAAAAAGACCUAUUUUUCUUUGGCCAAUAAAGCUAGUACAUGC